AGCCACCCUUGGCUCAGGUCGGCUUCUUCUUGGCCGUCCAUACACCAUCGCUUGCACUUCAAGAAACCUGUUUAAGAAAAUGGCAUCCCACUCUCAAUCUGCACUCUUCGCCCGCCAGUUGCCGCCUCAGCUCGACCUGCGGGCGGCGGCGUUGCUCCUGGCCGGCAUGGUUCUCAAGGAGGCGUGCGGAGUCCCGGAGCACAGCGAGAAGUUUCUUGUUGGCGCCAUUCUCCUCGUCGCGCACAGCCUCUUCAUGUCGGCCGUGCAGCCCCGCUGUGCCGCCAGCCACGCCAGGCCCAGAAGGGCUCCAGCGGGCGCCUCCGCACCCCCGCCGCGCCGGCCUGGGCACAACGCGCGACGCCAGCGGAUUGUUGGGGCUUAUGCCCCAGGCCGUCCCGAACGGGGCGUGACAUGCGACGUCGAUCUCCAAGCUGAGCCCCUGGCUGCGAGCAGCCUGAGCCACGCGGAGGCGCCGAUCAGCUCCAAGAGCAGCGAGGCGGACAAGGUGGCAGACACGCAGUCUCGAAAUCGCACGUCUGCAAAGCCCGCGUGCACCAAGUCAGUUUACAACCGAUGCCGCGGACUGCGUGGCGAGUGCCUGCGGCUCUACGUGGAGGUGCUAGAGAGUGGUGCCGCUGUCGACCUCGGCUUCUUCAAGGCUGUGGCCGGCUCCUUGGACGAGGCCGCCUUGCGGGAGAGUGCCGUGGACUUGCUCCGGGCGAUGCGCGAGAAAAGGCUGGUUCCAGAUCUGGACAUGCAGAUGCAGUUGACGUCUCCUUUCAAAGGCCGCCUCCUCCCCGACGAUCUGAUGGAGGUCUUCUGGGACCUGUGGAAGCAGGGCUGCGGGCUGUGUGCGAGGGCGCGCCAGUCCCUGAUGGUGGCGCACGAGCGGAAGGCGCCCGAGCGCACUCUGGAGCUCUACGAGGACAUGAAGUGGCUGGGAAUCAAAUUGGACCGACUGUCAUGCAACGCCGUGCUGUGCGCUCUUGCUCAGGGCGGCCGAGCCGACGAGGCGCUCGAGCUGUUCGAACAGAUGACUAACGACGACAAGACGUCCAGGAUUGGGCUCACCCCCAACGCCAAGUCUUAUGGCGCAGUGAUCAGGGCUUGCACUGCAGGUGGCAAAGAUCAAAUGGCAGUCGCUUUGUUCGACUAUAUGGUGGCGAACGGCACCAUGCCGAACCGAUUCGCCUAUCACGACGCGAUUUUGAGCUGCAUGAGGCUCAAGCAGAUCGAGAGGGCCUUGAACCUCUACGCGAACAUGAAGAGAGACAGGGUGCCCCCGUGCGACCACACCCUCCGCCUCCUGAUCCGCACGUGCUCCUUCUGCGGGCUGCACGACGAGGCGGCGAGCAUCUCGGAGGACUUUCGGUGGGCGAAGAGCGCCGAGGGGCGGGCGGAGUCCGAGGCCACGACGGACUUCCGGGAGUCAUCGGCCGACGGAGAGUCCGAGUGACGUGCGCGUUCUGCUCGGCCUCCGCCGGCAUGCGCCGUCGGCGGGGGGUGAGGAUUCGGCUGGCCGUUUCGCCAGCGGGUGUCGGGCGUGCUAGCGCGUCGGGGGUGAGGAUUCAGCUGGCCGUCUCGCCAGCGGACGUCGAAGUGGUGACUAAGUGGUGAAGGGGAGCAGGGUCGAGGGAGCCUCCAGCGUACGCAGCGGUUGGAUUCCAGUUACGCUGCCGCGCAAAUCCGUCGAACCGCUGGGGAAAGCUGCGCAGCAAC